AGCAAAUUCAAUCAAAAGCUAAAAAAGAAAGGAGAUUUUGCAGGGUAUAGAGAAGUAGAGAUGAAGAGUUUUUGCCUCUGCUUCUGCAUCUUGGCUAUGGUUCUCUUUGCAUCCUCAGCAGUGGAGAUGAAGGAGGUGGAAAAUGUUGGGAGGUGUAUGGUUGUGAUGGACCCAAAUGGAUGCAAUCUGCUUUCCUGCAAGCAAGGCUGCCUUCAACAAAACAACGGCAAUGGAGUGUGUUUGGCAAAUAUCAAAGAAGGCUAUAAAUGUGUUUGUUAUAUCAACUGUUGAGUCUGGCUUCUAAGCCAUUCACUUAAUAAAUCUUGCCCUUUCUU